CCCCCGCCCCCCGCCCCCACCGGACACGGCCCCCGCCCUGCUCUGCUCGCCCCACGCGAUCCGCCCGCGCCCCGCCAUGGAGGACCUGGAUGCCCUGCUCUCUGACCUGGAGACUACCACCUCACACAUGCCAAGGUCAGGAGCUCCAAAAGAGCGGCCCCCAGAGCCCCUCAAGUCUCCCUUGCCCUAUGGCCACCAGCCACAGAUGGGGUCUGGAGAGUCUUCAGGAGCCUCUGGAGACAAGGACCAUCUGUACAGUACGGUAUGCAAGCCUCGGUCCCCGAAGCCUGCAGCCCCUGCGGCCCCUCCGUUCUCCUCUUCCAGCGGUGUCUUGGGCACAGGGCUUUGUGAGCUAGACCGACUGCUUCAGGAACUUAAUGCUACUCAGUUCAACAUCACAGAUGAAAUAAUGUCUCAGUUCCCAUCUAGCAAGGAGGCUGCAGAGGAGCAGAAGGAGGACCAAUCUGAUGACAAGAAAAGGCCCAGCCUCCCUCCCAGCCCAUCCCCUCUUCUCCCAAAGGCUUCGGCUACCUCGGCCACUCUGGAGCUGGAUAGACUGAUGGCCUCACUCUCUGACUUCCGGGUCCAGAACCACCUUUCAGCCUCUGGGCCAACCCAGCCAACAGUGCCAAGCUCCGUGAAUGAGGGCUCCCAAUCCCCACCAGGGCCAACUAGCAAGGGCAGCCUAGACACCAUGCUGGGGCUGCUGCAGUCGGACCUCAGCCGCCGUGGUGUUCCCACCCAGGCCAAGGGCCUCUGUGGCUCCUGCAAUAAACCCAUUGCUGGGCAAGUGGUGACGGCGCUGGGCCGCGCUUGGCACCCUGAGCACUUCGUUUGCGGUGGCUGUUCCAUGGCCCUGGGAGGCAGCAGCUUCUUCGAGAAGGAUGGAGCCCCCUUCUGCCCCGAGUGCUACUUUGAGCGCUUCUCCCCACGAUGUGGCCUCUGCAAUCAACCCAUCAGACACAAGAUGGUUACUGCCUUGGGCACUCACUGGCACCCGGAGCACUUCUGCUGCGUCAGUUGCGGGGAGCCCUUCGGAGAUGAGGGUUUUCACGAGCGCGAGGGCCGCCCCUACUGCCGCCGGGACUUCCUGCAGCUGUUCGCCCCGCGCUGCCAGGGCUGCCAGAGCCCCAUUCUGGAUAACUACAUCUCGGCUCUCAGCGCGCUCUGGCACCCAGACUGUUUCGUCUGCAGGGAAUGCUUUGCGCCCUUCUCGGGAGGCAGCUUUUUCGAGCACGAGGGCCGCCCGCUGUGCGAGAACCAUUUCCACGCGCGGCGCGGUUCGCUGUGCGCCACGUGUGGCCUCCCGGUGACCGGCCGUUGCGUGUCGGCCCUGGGCCGCCGCUUCCACCCGGACCACUUCACCUGCACCUUUUGCCUGCGCCCGCUCACCAAGGGCUCCUUCCAGGAGCGCGCCGGCAAGCCCUACUGCCAGCCCUGCUUCCUCAAGCUCUUCGGCUGACCACGCCCCUUUGGGAGACCAAGGCCCCAAAGGCCCCGCCCUUCCCGAAAAGACCCUGUUCUCCAGACCCCGAGGCCUUGCUCUUUGAGCUUGGGAUUCUCUCCGACCGGGCUGUUUAAGGCCCUACCCACUGGAGAGACCCGCCCCUAAGGUACGGUACUAUACGUUCUCCGUGGGAAACUUCAGAAAAGGCCAGGCCAAUCCCAAGGCCACAUGCCCCCAAAGUGGGUCGUAGUCUGACGAGCGAUGCCGCCUGAGCUCUUCACUUUAUUCCCCUGUUGAGGGAGCCUCCCUACUGGAGGAGGACCCUUGCAAUUCCGACCAAUCAGAGGCCAGGCCAGGACGUCCCUCUCCCCACUCCCUCACUGUUCUUUGCACUUUUUUCUACCUACAUAAAAUACAUUCCACGUCA